AAGAAUAUGAUACAGCCACACUCCUAAGUCCUAAGGACCAGCUUAACUCUCCUCGAUGUAACAAACACGAUUUGGUUUUGAAUGGAUGAGGAAAGCGACGGCCGCCGUCGCCGCGGCUGCCGCAACUACCGGAGCCACCAACUACGCCUCAUCCCUACGCCUCGCCAAGCUGCGUGUCGCAGACGCCGGCGCCUCUCCGGAUGCACUAUCAUUCGGCCUCCUCAUCCAACACUUAUCCGACCGCGGGCUCUUCCUUCAUGGUCGGCAGCUCCACGCCCGCCUCAUUGUCCUCUCCGUCAUCCCCGACAACUUCCUCGGCUCCAAACUUAUCUCCCUCUACUCCCGCUCAGGUUACGUCCACGAGGCCCGCGUCAUCUUCGAUGCCAUUCCCAUCAAGAACCUCUUCUCCUGGAACGCUAUGCUUCUUGCCUAUUCUUUCCACGGGCAAACAGUCCCCUUUCUCCGCCUUUUCUCCUCCAUCCCCACCUCUCUCCGUCCCGAUGCCUUCACCCUCUCUUCCCUCCUCAAAUGCAUCCCCUCCUCCCAACCCAACCUUACCGCAACAAAGGAAAUCCACUCUUUCGGUCUACGGCUCGGCUACGACUCCGACCUGUUUGUUUCCAAUGGUUUGAUAACGGGUUACGUGCGCUCGGAUGAUUUUUACUCCGCGAGGAAGCUGUUUGAUAAAAUGCCUGAAAGGGAUGUUGUAUCCUGGAAUUCGAUUAUAUGUGGAUAUGCUCAGGAAGGACACUACGAUGAUUGCAUUAAACUCUAUCAGGAGAUGGCAAUGGGAUUGGAUGGGGUUAUACCAAAUGCAGUCACGGUUGCAAGUGUGCUUCUCGCUUGUUCCCAGCUCAAAGAUCUUUUAUUUGGAAUCGAUGUUCACAGAUUUGCUGUGGAGAGUGGAAUGGGAAUGGAUUUUGUGGUCUGCAACUCCAUCAUUGGGCUAUAUGCAAGGUGCGGGAGCUUAGAUUAUGCUCGGAGAUUGUUUGACAGCAUGGCCGAAAAAGAUGGAGUUAGCUACAACACCAUGAUUUCUGGGUACAUGGCCUAUGGGUUUGUCGAAAGGGCAAUGGAGCUCUUCCAUCUGAUGCCUAGUCCAGUUCUCAGUUCAUGGAAUGCAGUGAUUGGUGGUCUGGUGCAAAAUAAUUACUUCUCCCAUGUUCUCGACUUGUUUCGAGCUAUGCAAACAGCUGGUUUUAGGCCAAAUUCUGUUACAAUUUCAAGUGUUCUUCCAGCUGUUUCCUUCUACUCAAAUUUUCUGAGGGUGAAACAGAUACAUUGCUAUGCCAUCAGGAAUGAUUGUGACCAAAAUGUUUAUGUUGCAACUGCGCUUAUCAACGCAUAUGGCAAAGCUGGGUUCCUCAAAGGUGCCCAUUUGAUAUUUGAGGGAACCAAGGUCAGGAGUGUUAUUGUUUGGACUGCAAUUAUAUCUGCAUAUGCAAUCCGAGGCGAUGCUGUUGCUGCACUUGCAGUGUUUGAUAGAAUGCUUGAGAUAAGGAUACAGCCAGAUUCGGUAACUUUCACUGCAGUCUUGUCUGCAUGUGCUCAUGCUGGGGAAGUUAAUGAAGCUCACAGGAUUUUACAUGUUUUAAUGCCUGAAUGGGGGAUUUGUCCAGCAGUUGAACACUAUGCUUGCAUGGUUGGUGCACUCAGUCGCAAAGGAAUGCUUCCAGAAGCUGUCGAGCUCAUUGAUAGGAUGCCAUUUCAGCCAAAUGCAAAAGUGUGGGGGGCUUUGUUAAAUGGAGCUGCAGUUUAUGGUGAUGUAGAGCUUGGAGAAUAUGCUUUUGAGUACUUGUUUGAGAUUGAACCUGGAAACACAGGGAACUUUAUUGUAAUGGCUAAUUUAUAUUCACAAGCUGGGAAAUGGAAAGAUGCUCAGAUGGUGAGGGAGAAGAUGAAGGGAGUGGGAUUGUCUAAGAUUCCUGGUUGUAGCUGGAUAGAAGCAAGCGAUGGCUUGCAGGUUUUCAUCACCCGUGAUGUAACUAAUGAGCAUUGUAAAGAGAUAUUCUUACUUCUUGAUGUAUUAGUUGGAAUGAUGAGAGAAGAAGGCUAUCUUACCAAGGAGGAACUGGAUGAGGAGAGCUACUGCUAAUAAAUUCUACAAGGGACCGCAAGUAAACGAAGCAAGACCUGAAAUGUACCAUUAAAUUAGCGGAAAUCAUGAAAUGAAUG